GAUUUAGAAGUUAAUCCUCCACAUAAAUCGGAAAUACUUAAUGAUUUAUGCAUUCUACUCACUGUUCAUCACAGUCUAACAAAAAAAUUACUUGAUGGAUGUGAUGGAAAAUUGAUGCCGAAUUCAAGUUGUUCCCUUUCAGUCUCACCAAUACAUUUCGAAAAAAACUAAAGCUAGUCAUAUAUACAACUCUGGGACACACGUACUUCAACAUACGUUUUAACCCGCGAAAUGCCUACGCCAUCUUCUGCUUCAUCCAAGUCUGCUACAGCUUCACCACGAGGAUCUGCAGGAGGCGUCCGGCAAAGGAAGGGGGCGACAUCAUCAGCAAGAAGACCAGUCGCACCAGCUGCACAGAAAAAUCCUGUCUUUUUAUUUUACUCAGAGGACUCUCCUGGCAUUAAAGUUGGACCCGUACCAGUACUAGUGAUGAGUCUAUGCUUCAUAGUUUCUGUCUUCCUUUUACACUUCUGGGGUAAAUACACCCGCAGUGCUUGAGAAACUUUACUUCUUGUUUUGUAACACCCUGGUGCUCACAGAACUAAUAUGAAGUCAGUCAGAUAAUUGUUAUGAAUCUUCUUGUUCACAGUGAAUUGGGUAAUCAUGCAUUCCGAAAGAACCUGCUGCGGAAUUAUGUAUGCGAAAUGUUGGGCUGUGAAUUUACUCUCUAUUUGUGGGUUUAGCUCACUUUAUAUUUGUUACUAAUGACUACCUACGUCGUACCGGUGGUUAACACCUGAAACUAACCCCACUGCUUACUGUCAUAGGUGUUUAUUUACUAAAGUAUGCUCUACUGGUGGUCACGGGAUGCCACCUGGUUACUACAAUGAUUCUGUUUAACAUAGUUCAAAAAUACUGUUUCAUAGGGUAUCCUAGGACUAGGUGACGACCAUGGGUUUGAGCACUAGAUCUUACCCAGAAAGUGUAGUUGCUUGUCUGGUAUAUGUGGUCACUAAGUUACUGCUGUAAAAGUAUAAAUACAUUAUUAAAAAAAACCGUUAGUGUAGCCUAAGAGAUAAAACUACCGACCACGGACAUUAUUGUUGUUUAGUUUAUAGACUCAGCAAGAGACGUCUCAGUACAGGCUCAUGCAGCCAAAAGUGGUUGCUGAAUUUCACUCACAAGCUUUCCAAUCCAGUGCAUGCAUCACUGAAAGGCUUCUUGCAACUACUAGUUAUUUCUUUAAGUUGAACGAAUUCAGCAGUCACAUUUUAAACUAAAGUUGCUUGCAGGAUUCUGGAAGUACUUUUUAUUAGUCUGGCUAACCUGUUUAGGCACUCAGUUUUCGAAACAGCAAUUGACUCAAUAACAUUCUGAAGCCGACUACAUUUCUCGCCGUUUGUUUACUGCAAGCCUAAAUACUUCUUUUUGAGCAGAAACCUACUUUGGUAUAGUCACCAGUUCCUCUGUUUUAUCUAGUGCCUAGUACUUGAAUCGAAUGAACCUCGUUCAUAAUAUCACUAACUUGUAUAUACUAACAGUUCAAUCUCUUGAGCUUCCUAGGAUGAUUGUAAUGAGUUACUUGCAACAGUUGGGGCCGUGACUUUUCGUCAUAACCUCAGCUUUCAACGUUGCUUCCCAAUGUUCCUAACUUGAAUUAACAAGAUGAAUUCAUGUUGACUCACCAAUUAAAAAGGUACGUAGUGUAUUUUAGUUUCGCAAAACAUUGGCAUUCAACUUAAUAAGACGGUCUAUCAUUUUCACAUCGUUUGUUUGGUAGGAGCUAGCAGUAGGAUCAUGGAUGCGUAUUUCAUCGUACUUGGGACUCUUCAGCUAGCUGUAACUGCAACCCGGUGAGGUGCUGGUCCCCCACUUAGACUCGAACGGAACACCCAUCGCUUCAAACUCCAGACCGUUAUCCAUUGGGUUAUCGAAAUAAGUCAUUUCUCGCCCAACAGGUAUCACUUGUUAUUCACUGAUGCUUAUUUCUCGCUAAUUAUGAUACUGGGUCGGACUGGUCGAUUCUUCUUGGCAUGUGAGCUACACUGCUAGCCACUACCAAAUAAAUGGUGUCGAAAUGUAACUUGAAGCGUCCAUUCAAGAAGCUUAUAUGUGAAGAGUGACCGGACAAUACGACUUAGUAUAGUAGUCAAUGGGAAGCAAUAAAUAAGGCAACCUGUUGCUUUGUGACAGUUCUUAAUACAUGGAUUUAAUUUAUGAGAUAUACAACUGAAUAUUUUGAUGCGGACGAAAACGUAGUUGGUUACUGAGUUGGUAAGUGACUGAUUCAUUAUUCUGUACAACACUUAGCUGACGUUCAUAGCGAUUCUCAAUUACAGUUGAACACAAUACAACUACAAACCUAAAUAUUCUCAACCUAAGGUAAAAUGAAUAUUUAUCUAGAAAGAAACUGUAUUAGAAUGUGAGAAAACCUUUAACAUAGAUAUUCGCGAAGUGGAAAUCGCAACGUUGAUGAUUAGUCACUUCACAUAUGUAGGAUACCGCUGAUGGCAUACAAUAGAGUGGAAAUCAGACAACCUUGAGAAUAAUUUCCAUGUAACUAGUGUCGUCCUGUGGUUUAAGACAACGGAAGAACUUAGUGGUGAAAGAAGUAGUUAGGAUUAACUCGACACUGUUUGCAUGCACUGCGCGACAGAGUCAACACAAACAGUGACCUAUGCCUGAGUUAUUAGGCAAACAUGCAGCCCGAUUAAUAAGGUUAAAAUAUUCUGUACAUAAGGUUUAAUUGUAUAUGGAGUAACCUGAAGUGUUGAUGCGUACAGUGUGAGAUGAAUUACAGAGAUAACAAUGUAUAUAUCUUAGAUCUCACGAGUUACUCAAAUAUUAUGAAAGCGUGAGUUCAUUCUCAUCUAUAUGAUUGUGAAAUAGUCGUUAAAGAUGGAGGAUGUUUAGACAUUACUUUGGUAGCUCCAGCCGCUUGUCAUGGAACUGGUAAAUGAGUAACGUAGAAAUCCAGCAGUUCUAGGGAGAGAUUUAAACUGAAAACGUACAACCAAGUUCUGCCUGCUAAAUUAUUGUCUACUACCUAUAAACUAUGCUAGCUGCAGCAAAAUUGGGUUGGGAGCUAAAGGCAGCCAGACCAACAUGUGACACUAAUUCGUAAAGUUUCUGACUGUUGAUGUAAUUUUUGUAUAUAAGCUGCCUGGCUGAAGUCUUCAAGACGAUGAGAACCAAUGGUUGAGUAGUCUGUUACAACGACCCGUACCUAUUCACUGUCACAUUUGAGUCUGUGGAUUUUUCCUAACUUUUAUUUACCUGUUCCAUAUUCCCACACACUUUCCUAUCCACUUGCUCUUUGCAUAUUACUGUGAAGUGGCCAACUGAACUGAAACACGUAUGUACUGUUAACCGGUUAGAUUGCCUAGGUAAAAUAAUCAUCGGAAAGUCUGACGAUAGUUUUAUCCUCAUAAACACUCCUAAAACAAAAGUGAGUAUUCUUAAAGGCAUGCAACGUAGAUAGGAGUUUCAGUCUUACGAACUUGUGAAGUAAAUUUGCUUAUUAGAUAAUUUUUCAAUCAUUUAGUGACAUACUGAACCAGCCCACCUUUGUAUGAACAAUAUUUCCUUCGGAAGUCAACAGAAUUAGUUACCAUCAUUUCACUAUAAAUAUCUUGUAAGCGUUUUCAUCACAUUCAAGUUAAAUAAACCUUAGGUUGUUGCUUUUUUGUUGGGCUUUGCUAGAAGAGUUAACGUGAGAAUAACCAAGAUAUAUUUACUCCUAGGACUUCAUGUUACUGUUUUAUUUUUACUGAUCUACCAAUAAUGAAUUUCAUGUUAUUCACCCUUUACAAAAGCAAUAGAGUAGUUGUCACAGUACCAUAUAGUUUCGAUGCUACAAAUUCCAAGGAAACUAAGGUAGUAUAACAAAGAUAUACUGUGUAAGAAAAAACGACCAUUCAAAGUCUGGAACAUUUUCGGGUCUGAAGUUGAAUCCUUCUUGCUUCACUUCACUCGAAACUUGUAGACGCAGGCUCUUACCAUCACGGUGGACAUUUACCCUAUAAUUGACUGUCAGUCUACAGACUACAAACAAAUUUUAGUCGGAACUUCAUGGGAACUAUAUUUUCAAGCAGAUUGAGCAUCGAUUACUAGGUGAACUGGGAUUAAAACACGCUACUUCUUGAUGUCUGGGGUGAGCUUUAGUAGAACAUUACUGUCUCGUGAUUUUAACUGAAAGUUGAAUAACUACAUGCAAAGAACCAUUACUCCAGUUAUAGCACAACAAAUCACUGGGACGUCACUAUCGCCGAGUAUCGCUCGUCAGCCUCUAGGUUCACAUCCUUCAGAUCUCAUUAAUUUUUGUUGCGCGACAUCAUCCAUAGGAGUUAUGCAGACAUUGUAUGUUUUUCAUCAGCUCGCUACUCAAGUUGCGCCUAUCCAUGCGUGCUAUAGUCGAUGACGUAAUGCUAUCUAAGAAGUAUCAGCAGCACUGGAAGUGUUGGAUACAGCAUUCAAUGUCUACUAGGAGGCAUAAACAGAGGAUCUUAGAUGCUUAAUUAUCGCUGGAAGACCAUAAUGAAUUCACACUGUAGUGAAUCUGAGUAGACUAUUGAGACGUUAGAAUUCAACAUGGGAAACAAACGAUGCCCUGAAUAUGCAGUUCAUCACUUUCAAAAAAUGGUUAUCAUUGUAAGCUAACAUUUGUUCAUCAGUCCUUAAAUGUUGCUACUGGAAGGUCACCUGGCACCGAACCGUAAACCAGUUUGAUUACUGAAUCACGUACUGCUGAUACUACCAAAGAUCGAUUAGGCCUCCACAGUACCACCAAAAGGAUACAUAUAUGAUCCGCUACCCUAAUUCCCGAAGUAUUCUGUGGAACGGUGUGACACUUUACAGAAGACCGUUACAUGGAAUAGGAGUGAUACUUGUGUGCCACAUGAGGGGUAUCACACUGCUUAGUCCAAUUCAUCUUAAACCCACAAAUUUGUUUGCCUACUUAGUUAAUUGUCCGUCUAAAAAAGUUACGGCACUAUAAAAACGCCUGAACAUAAUAGUCCCCGUCAAUUAGUUACAUGGCUUUCGAGAGAGUAUCACCAAGACGUUUGAAGAAGGUUUACAUAAUUGGUAUUGAUAAUAAGAUUCAAGUCUGGAUUAGGGAAUGUGGAGUUGUGAUCCAAUGGUUUAAGGAGUUGACUUCCAACCUAACCCAUCGUAGUUUAGGCAACCAGGUAGUAACAUCAGCCUUCGUACAAUGGGUGUGCGCACAGAUAUGCA